CCUAUCCGCGGCGACUACACAAAAAACGGACGCAACUAACUGGCAGAUGUUACACCGUGGUCUUUCCGGGUCCUUCCACUCUCAGCUCGUACUCCUGCGGGUCCCCGCCCUGAGGGGAGCCGGAGAGCACCCUCUCCUAACCCUGUUGCAGAAGGUGGCACCCGACACCUGCCUCUGGCUGGACGGCGGACCCUUGGUGGCCGUUUCCCGGAACUGCUAACGCACCCUGGGCGCGUGCUGAGUGCCCCGCGCCGUGCUCACUGCUUUACGAGCCUUAACUCGGUUCCCCCCGCCAGCAGCCCCGUGAGGGAGGUGGGAGGAGUACCUCUGUCAGACGCCGGGAGAGGCCGGGUGAGGUUUCGCUUGCCCAGGACUGGAGAGCAUCAGGGGCCAGCAGUCCGGGCUGUGGAGCGGCCCCAUGGGGGAGGCCGACUGACCGAAGCAAGCACACUGAGGACUCCGUUACAGAAUUCGCAGAAUGUUUGGGGAUGUGUGUGGAUUGAAAGAAAAAUUAUAUGCUCUGGUGUCAUCUGGUAAAGAAAAGAAAGAAGAAUAACCUGCGUGCUUGUGCCAGCCUCAACCGCCACCUAAAGUAAUUGCAAGACCCUGUCAUCAUCUCACACAGUGACCAAAAGAACCAGAGGUCGGCAGAUUGGCAGGCCAGGUGUCAGCUGUGAGGAGUAGAAAUGCAUAAAAACAGCUGGCAGAAUAGAAGACGUAGGAGAAGGAGUCACCAGCAGAACCCUUGGUUCAGACAGCGGGGUUCUGAUGAGAGGGGCAGCUUAGUGGCACAGCAAAGCUCACAGGAUUCUGGCCACGUCAGCGAUGACGAGGCCCCAUCGACCUCAUCUGGCGCAGCGGGGAGUUCUUCCGUGCCAGAUCUGCCGGGGUAUUACUUUGACCCUGAAAAGAAACGCUAUUUCCGCUUGCUCCCUGGCCAUAACAACUGCAACCCCCUCACAAAGGAGGGCAUCCGGCAGAAGGAGAUGGAAAGCAAAAGGCUGCAGCUGCUGGAGGAAGAAGACAAGCAGAAAAAGAAAAUAGCCAGGAUGGGUUUUAAUGCAUCGUCAUUGCUACAGAAAAGCAAGCUGGGUUUUCUCAAUGUCACCAGUUACUCCCGUUUAGCUCAUGAGCUGCGAGUGAGCUGCAUGCAGAGGAAAAAGGUCCAGAUUCAGAGCUCGGAUCCCUCCGCUUUGGCAAGCGACCGAUUUAACCUCAUACUGGCGGAUACCAACAGUGACCGGCUCUUCACAGUGAAUGAUGUCAAAGUCGGAGGCUCCAAGUAUGGCAUCAUCAGCCUGCGAGGUCUGAAGACCCCCUCGCUCAAGGUGCAUAUGCACGAAAACCUGUACUUCACCAACCGGAAAGUGAACUCUGUGUGCUGGGCCUCGCUGAAUCACCUGGAUUCCCACAUUCUGCUGUGCCUCAUGGGCAUCGCAGAGACUCCGGGCUGCGCCACCCUGCUCCCAGCGUCCCUGUUCGUCAGUAGUCACCCAGGAGACCGGCCCGGCAUGCUCUGCAGUUUCCGGAUCCCCGGGGCCUGGUCCUGUGCGUGGUCCCUCAACAUUCAGGCAAAUAACUGCUUCAGCACAGGCUUGUCUCGGCGGGUCCUCGUGACCAACGUGGUGACGGGACACCGGCAGUCCUUUGGGACCAGCAGUGAUGUCUUGGCCCAACAGUUUGCUCUCAUGGCUCCUUUGCUAUUUAACGGCUGUCGUUCUGGGGAGAUCUUUGCCAUAGAUCUGCGUUGUCGAAACCAGGGCAAGGGCUGGAAGGCCACCCGCCUUUUUCAUGACUCAGCAGUGACCUCUGUGCAGAUCCUCCAAGAAGAGCAAAACCUGAUGGCAUCUGACAUGGCGGGAACGAUCAAGCUGUGGGACCUGAGGACCACUAAGUGUAUAAGGCAGUAUGAAGGCCAUGUGAACGAGUACGCCUACCUGCCCCUGCAUGUGCACGAGGAAGAAGGCAUUGUGGUAGCAGUGGGCCAGGACUGCUACACGAGAAUCUGGAGCUUCCACGAUGCCUGCCUGCUCAGAACCAUACCCUCCCCACACCCUACCUCCAAGGCUGACAUCCCCAGUGUGGCCUUCUCUUCUCGGCUCGGGGGUUUCCGGGGAGCCCCAGGGCUGCUCAUGGCUGUCCAGCAGGACCUUUACUGUUUCUCCUACUCCUAAUUCCACAGGGUGCAGCCGGGAGGGAUGUGGAUUUGACACAGGGAGUAAGCAGCAGCCAUACUUCUGCCACAACUGCUAUUUGCACUGAGGGCAUUUUAAUCGGAUGCUCUGUGUACACAGACCCCAUCCAACCAGCUGCCAGGAAGCAGGUGCUGUUUUAUGUGGAGACACUUCAGUAAAGUUAUUUCAGUUUAAGUUGUGAGCUCAGAGAGCUCAAAAGUCCUUUUCAUAAAAGGUACUUAUUUCCUUAUUGAACUCCUCAGACUGGUCUGUGGUCCCCCUCCCUUUUUUUUUUUUUUUUUUUUUUAAAACAAGAAAUACUUAUUCUAAGGGCUGAAGAUUGGCAGUAACUAAAUUAAAGCUGCUGCUUCCACGAAAAGCCUUUUAAAGAAGCCUAAUGAGGAGCCUGGGCGAGGCUGUUAAUGCAGUCGGUGCCUAGGUCCCAGAAAGCCAUGCAUAUGGACUGGAGAAACCCAGCUGGGGAGACGGGGAAGGGGUUUGAGGUCAUUUCUCUGAGUCUCCAGAGAUAAAUGAUUGAAGACUGGUUUUUGAAGUCAUUAAAAAGCCUUCUCAGACUCCGUCAACAUCUGUAGCAGACUUCCUUUCUCCUUUUAUCACCAUUCAUAGGCACUGGGAGGAAAGGUGGAUCUUCCUAGAUGCUAUAGGUUUUAAACAGGUCCUAGAAUGCCUUUGUUGAGAUGCCUUCCAGAAUGUUAUGUACAACAGAUCCUGUUGCUAUUACGGGGACCUGAAUGUCAGAUUUAAGGGCCCCAUCUCAAAAGAAAAUUGGCUUUGACUUUCUGUAAUUGACCAGAAGCACUUUGCGAGAUGUUUAUACAGCGUCCAAGAGCCUGUCUUUCUACCACACAAUAAACUAGAAAGAACCAUG